UCUUGUCUUCUUCAUCCUCCUCCUCCUCCUCCUUUCUCUCUGCAAACCCUAAUUUCCUUUCUCAUCUUCCUCUCUCUCUCUCUCUCUUUUCUUCCCAAAUGAUAAGGUAACUUCAAAACUACGACAAUUCAAUACUCUAAGGAAACGCCAAGAUUUGGGUUUUUAGCUGAUUCAAAAUGGAGACGAAUCCGUGUGACAUGAAUCAGCUCGAUUCCGAUUCGCAUCUCCCUCCUCGGAAACGAUUACUUGCUGGAUUCAAGAAGCUAAACUCCAACGGCAAUGGAUCUUCUCCUUCAGAUUUCGCUUCUUCUUCCUCUACUUCAAACUCAAACGGAUCUUCCUCUGCUUCCACCCAUGUUCAGACCCAUCUCGACAACUUGUUAUCUUCCCGUUUCAACAAUGACCAGUCACCGGAAGAGCUCGUGGAGGCAACGAGAUCUGCAGCUGCUUUAGCGGUUAAAGCUGCAAAGGCGGCCAGAGCAAUUGCGAACGAGAAGGCUUUGAUUUCCGCAAAAGCGAUUGCUGCGGCUAAGAGGGCUUUAGAAUUGGUUGAUUCUUUCCCUAAAGAAGCAAUGGCUGAUUGCAAGGAGAGGUCUCCUAAAAAGAACAAGCAGAAGAAACAUGUCCCGGUCGAGCUCUUGUAUUCAAAGGGACAGCUAAGAGACGAGGAAGAUGAUUUAGCGCGUAGGUUGCAUCGAGCUAUAGGAAAUACAUACCCUAGAGUCUUGAGAACUUGCUCAGCUUUCGAAGAGAAUGGUCAGAGAUACAAGAAGCAGAAGAAGAACAAGACCGUAGUUGAAGGUGAGAGUAGUAGUAUUGUAGUGACCGGUUCUAUGAAUGACAUUGCUGGAGUCGUGGAUUCAGACAGCUCGUAUGAAGGAUUAGAGAUAGCUAGAUCAAACAGGAAUGAAGAGGAUUCAAGACUGAUGAUGGAGAAAGCAGGGGAAGAAAAUAACUCAUUGGUUAAAAGAAGAGGAAGAGUAGUGAAGCUAAAGAAGCUUCCUUUGAGCAUUUGUAAUUCUAGAAAUCAAGAAAAUGGAACUUCUUCCGCGUCUCCAUUACCGGAGGUUCAGCCGCAGGAGGACGGUGGUGCGAUAACGGUCAUACCGGGAUCGUCCUCUUGGAAAUGCCAGGACCUAAAGGCACCAGAAUGCGUGAAGCAGAACAAAGCCGUACGGUCAUAGUGUCUACAGAAAAAAUGACUCUUUUUUUCAAGAUUUGGUCAGCAUUGCCAUUUUCAGUAGAAGAAUCACAUUGUUGUUUCCUUUUUUGGAUGUGUUUGAAUUUAUGUUAUAUAUUGUUAAAUAUAUACAUAAUACAUAUAUGGGUUUAUUUGCAAUUGCAGUUGUGUAGAAGAAAGUUUGAUAUUUUGGAUUGAUAGAUGCAAUAAAGUGAUGUACUUUUU